GUGGUUCGAGAACGGGACGAGGGAAGACUGCUUAAGGAAGAGGGGACAUGAUAACAAAUGUUAAUGCAUCUAUUAUGAUGCUUUUUGGACAUUGAUAAUAACAAUGAGCUUGCCGGGGCUUGGCACUAAAGUAUCGUUACGCACAAUACAGGAUUUGUUUUCGGUUUGCGUUUCUUAAAAAAAAAAAGUAGACUCCUAAGCAGGUUUGUACAACUCUUCCUGUUGCGAACUCGGUGGUUAUCAAGUUCUUAUUGAAAAUACAUACGUGUACAAUUGAGACAUUGUAUAUCACAAUCGGGUAAGACAGCAAAUAUGGAUAGAGUUGCGCAAACGGGUGCGGGAUUUGUUGACAGAACGCAUAGAAGUUUUGGCCAGACACUGUUAUUCGUGCUCAUGGUUUAGGGCGAGUUGGUCAGCUUUGAAACUUGUCGUAAAGCACGGGGUUCGCAGGACUAAAUGCGCCUUUCCUGCUAUUCUUCUCCUCUUCUCAGCGCUUCCUGCUUAUGGUGGCCACCGCACUUAUUGGCUAAAAAUACAGAACUCAAAAUGGACAACUAAACGGAGUUGAACUCUUCCGUUGGGUUAUUAUUGUCCAAUGUUCUGGACUGGAUAUUCUACAACCACCUGAUGCUCAUUUUAGUAUGAUGUGAUCCAACCAGUGCUCUACACAGUCGUGGUUUUGCUAUAAUUAAAAAAAGUAUCCUUUAUUUCAUAUCUCAAGAAGCAGCACCUAAUCAUUGGUCAAUAUGGGACUAUUUGUGUUAUAGUAAUAGAGUAAUAAAAUGAGUUAUGUGCUCAAACCAGGCAUUGAGAAACCACACCACAACAGUCGAGUAGAAACGUGCUUUAUGGAGACAACUCUGCCUUUUUACACAUUGGCAGACUUGGCAGGACUGGUCACAUCCAUGGCCUUUGUUUGAUUGUUGCUAGCUCCAAUGGAAACAUAUGCAGUCCAUGUCAGGUCGCAUGAGAGACGUUAUUUAUCCUGUUGUCUUUGAACACGGUUGUGUUCCUGUUGGCCAGGCCUUUGAACAAAUUUCACUGGUCCCUGAUGAGCCAACUAGACAAAGACGAACGGGAGAGAGGCUCAAUAAAGUACAUUAUUGUACUUUAUUUUCAAAACCAUACAGAAUCAAACCCAGUGUCUGAACAUCUGCUCAUUGUGGCUCCAUGGAGCCGCUGAAGAACAUUUUUAGCCGUGGCCCACUGUCGAACUGGAAAGGUUUGGAUCAAACGCAAAAAGGGAACUUCACCAAUCCCGUGUGGACAGCUUUAUUCGACUAUGAGGCGUCCGGUAAAGACGAGCUCACCCUCCACAAAGGUGACCUGGUGGAAGUUCUGUCACUGGACUCAGAGAUAUCCGGUGACGAGGGAUGGUGGGCGGGCAAGGUCAACAACAAAGUGGGCAUCUUUCCCUCGAACUACGUCUCCUUCAAACCUCCUUCAUAUGGGAAACUGCAGGGCAAUGGAGUUGGAGUGGUUGGGGAGCUUGGGCCAGCCGUAGUGGGGGUGGGGGAGUUCGAACCCGAGGCCGUGGAUUUCAGGGAACUGAGCCUCGAGGAGGUCAUUGGGGUCGGCGGCUUCGGCAAGGUGUAUCGCGGUACAUGGAGAGGUGGGCUGGAGGUUGCUGUGAAGGCGGCCCGCCAGGACCCGGACGAGGACAUCAGUGUGACGGCCCAGAACGUGCGCCAGGAGGCCCGGCUGUUUGCCAUGCUCACUCACCCCAACAUCAUCGCCCUCAAAGGGGUUUGCUUAAAGGAACCCAACUUGUGCCUCAUCAUGGAGUAUGCGUCCGGUGGCCCGCUGAGCCGUGCACUGGCUGGGCGCCGCAUCCCACCGCACGUCCUGGUCAACUGGGCGGUGCAGAUUGCUAGAGGGAUGCUCUACCUGCACACAGAGGCCAUCGUUCCUGUCAUCCACCGUGACCUCAAGUCUAACAACAUCCUCCUGGCCCAGCCUAUGGAGAAUGAUUGUAUGGAAGGGAUAACUCUGAAGAUCACAGACUUUGGCCUGGCACGGGAGUGGCAUAAGACCACCAAGAUGAGCACAGCAGGCACAUAUGCCUGGAUGGCACCCGAGGUCAUCAAGUCCUCCACCUUUUCCAAGGGCAGCGACGUUUGGAGCUAUGGUGUUCUAUUGUGGGAGUUGCUGACAGGGGAGGUUCCCUACAGGGGGAUAGAUGGUCUGGCUGUGGCCUACGGAGUGGCUGUCAACAAACUCACCCUCCCCAUCCCUUCCACCUGCCCAGAACCCUUCGCCCAGCUCAUGGCAGAGUGCUGGGAUCAGGACCCACACCACAGGCCCAACUUUGCCUCCAUCUUGGUUCAGCUAACGGCUCUUGAAAGGCAGGUCAUGGAGGAGAUGCCUCAGGACUCCUUUCAUUCCCUACAGGAGGACUGGAAACUGGAGAUCCAGGACAUGUUUGAUGAGCUCAGGGCCAAGGAGAAGGAGCUGCGUUGUCGCGAGGAGGAGCUGAAGCGUGCAGCGGUGGAGCAGAAGUCCCACGAGGAGUUCCUGAGGCAAAGGGAGCAGCAGCUGGCCCAGUGGGAACAGGACGUGUUUGAGAGGGAGCUCAGUCUGCUCAUCCUGCACAUGAACAACCAGGAGAAGCCCAACGUCAAGAAGAGGAAGGGAACCUUCAAGAAGCACAAGCUGAAGGGCAGCAAGAAUGGAGAGAAGAUCAGCAUGCCUCAAGACUUCAUCCAUAAGAUCACUGUCCAGGCGUCUCCAGGGCUGGAGAAGAGACGCAACUCUCCCGAUCUGGGCACCGGCACCUCUCCCUCCUUCGGCCCACGCUUCCGAGCAAUCCAACUCAGCCCUAGUGAGAACAGCAGGGCGUUUGGUCUGAGCUCCAUGUGGCCCCUGGAGGCCCCUCCACACAACAAGCAGGCCAACGGGGACCGGCUGGGCCCCCACUGGAGGCCCCAGAGCCCAAAGAGCCCCAAGAGCCCCAAAGUCCUGCGCCUCAGCCCCCAGGAGAGCAGUCUUUCAAUGAGAGCCAAGCUUCUGGACAUGGACAGCAAUGAGAACGGAGAAUCCAAGGAUGACUUUGAGGAGUACAGACCCUCCACGCCUGCCCAAAACGGCUCCUUGGUGAAGGAGCCCCCAAGGCCUACUCUACCACAGGGGGACUCGGGCAGUGAGGAGGGGCUGGAGGGGGGCUCCCCGGCCGGCUCCCCCAGGCCUGAGCACCGCUCCCUGGGAGGCCUACUGAGGAGCACCCACCGGGCCCUACUGGGCGGAGGCUUCCUCCUGGCCUCUGUGGCCCUGGGACGACACCUGGACGUGCCCCACAUCCCCCCCAGGGUUCCCCCCCGGACUAACCCCCAGCCCCUGGACCACCACCACCUUCCGCAGGAGGUCACCAUCACGGCCCCCAAAAUCCCCUCCUCCUCAGACCCCCCGGUGGUGGAUGACCUUAUAACCUUCUCCAGCUUGGAGCACCUCCCCCGGCCCCUCUUCGACUUCCCCUGCGCCCUGCACGCCCCCGGGGUGAAGCCCCUGCCCCUCACGCCACCUCCGCCUCACCCACGGGAGAGGACCUGCCACAGGCACGCCCAGACCCCUCAAAGCCCUCAAAGCCCUCAGAGUCCCCAGACCCCCCGGAGCCCCUAUUACCAGGUCCAGAGGCAGGCUAGCCCAGCAGAGUGGGCCCCGUCCCCCCACCACACCAACGGGGAACCAGGCUGUGACGUCUGGGGCCAGGGGUCAGACAGGAGGAGGAGGUCCAGCCAAGGCCUGCUCUCUGCCUCUCAACUAGUCCUGGACCUCCCCAUGUGCCAGGACAGUCUGGAGUCCGAAGACAAUCCCUCGGCGGUCCCCUUCUCCCUUUUCCCUGACCCUCGCCUCUGGAGCCCCAAAACAUGCCGCCUGGAGGUCAACGUCAUCCCCCGCCCGCGCCCCUCCCCCAUCCGACCCCGCAUCGACCCCUGGAGCUUCAUCUCUGCUGGGGGCGGUGGCGGAGCAUUUGGUGGUGCCCGCAGCCCCCGGCGGUCAGAUAGCCACCCAUUGGGGUACCAGCCCUCGCCCACCAACCCCUUCACAAACUGUGACCCCUUCCCCUCCCCGGACUGCGACCCAUUCUCCCUGAGAGCCGACCCAUCGUCAGGCAUCACGCCCGACAUGCCCUCGCCCUUUGACCCCUUCUCGGCACCGUUCCCCACCUCCCGCUCGGCGCCCUGCUCCACUAACGGGUCCCCAACCCUGCCCACGUUCCGGGUGGCGCCCCUGAACCCGGCCGACUCGCCGCUUAUCGACCUGGGCUGGGCGGCGGUGUGCGGGGUCAGGGUCAAGCCCCUGGAGGUCACCAAAGAAAAGAUGCGACCCGGAAGGACUCUGGGACUCAAGCCCUUCAAGUCCCCCAUGCAACCCAGAGACGAUCGCUUCUAAACUAAACCCCCAACCCCGACCUUGCCUUUCUCAUAGACAGAGUUUUUACAGGCAUUUUUUUAAAGAAUGCGGCCCCCCGCCCCCUAAAUGGACAGAGUACAGGUCGUGUAUAUCCUGUGUUAGGAAUGAUGAGGAUUUGGAGUCCUUUUUAAAACAAAAAUGCACAUGACCCGCCCCCCGCUCCCCUUUAGGGUAAUUGUGGGAAGUGGGGUGCCGAAACAGUGGAGUGGUUUCGUGUUGCCUUAGAAACCAACCAGGAAGCUAAUCCUGCCUGCCAUCUAGCUCAGUGAUAAUGGAUUGUGGAAGUGGAUCCCUGUGCACAACAAACCAAUGUCUGAUGCCCAUUUUAUUUCUGGUCUUGUCUUGAGUGGUGAACCUACUUCAGAACCUAUUUUCUAUGAUUUGGCUUAAAUGUGCAAAGGACUGGGAGCUAAGGGAAGCUAGGUGCAAGAUGUGAGGAUGAUUCUGGUCUUACCCUUGACAAACAAAAAAGUCUCAAGCAUGUUUGUCUCUCUCUUUGCAAUAAAUAGCAUGUGGUGGGUCAAUGUGAGAGAGUACUCCAAGUAUGGCUACAGAGGUGCCAUAUCAUCCAAUCAAAAUUCCUUAGAAAGUCUCUGGAUAUUAAAGCCAAACAAACCCAGAACCCAGGCAUUCCGCCAGGAAAAAUAUAACAUUAAAAACACAUUCUCAAAAUGCGACUUAUUUAUUUGGCUGGUCGGCAGGUGACAAAGCAUGGGGAGACUAGAGGCGCCACACAGCACAUUCCGUUCAUGUGCCAAAGAAUGCGACUGCUUCGGCCAACAGUGUUAUACAUGUUCCCCCCACAGUACGGCAGAGUGGUAGGGCACAAAACUAUAGCCCCUCCCCCAUUUGUCAAGUAUUAUCUACCAGGAUUGGUUCUGUCCAGUCCAACAUGGGAAUACUGUUAAAUCUGAUUGGAUGAAAUCCCGGAAGUAGCGACUUAAAAGAAAAUCACUAAGUAUUACACUAACUUCUUAGUGACUAAUUGGCAUGUUAGAAGGGAAGCUACAGUAUAAUAGACUGCAAACAAAUUUGGGUAAGAUAUCCCCUCACAAAAACCGUGUCAUUAGAAUCCAAUGGCUGUUCCGUUCUAGGGGAAGAGAGUUUACCCAAGUGGCAAGCUUUGUGAUUAGUCUUAAUGACUGUGCUGACGAACCGGGUGAUAAUAUUAAUUAGCAUUGUGAUAAGGACAGGGUUAAUUUAUUAACAUGGAGAUAUUUGCCUAAUUGAUACAUUUCCCCCAACAUAAAGUUUAGACUAAAUGAGUCAGGAUCAUAAAGGGGAUUUAAGCAGCGCUGUCCGUUUUAUCGCAUCCACGGCAGGAGGCCCAUUUAAUGAGAUUCCAGAUUAUACAGAAGCCCGCUCCCUUUAGAGCAAUGCCUCAUUAUAAGGGCUUGGAAUUUUUCCUGACCAAAGGACAUGACCAGGGGCACAGAGUUCUUCCUUCCUGGUCAGGUCACUUGACCGGGGGCCCAGAGUUCUUCAUUCAUGGUCACGUGACCAGGGGCCCAGAGUUCUUCCUUCCUGGUCAGGUCACAUGGUCAGGAGAGACUCCUAACCUUACCCAUCACUCAGAUCCCACUUAUUCUCAGGUCAGGCAAACUGCUCCUCUCUUGAUCCAAAGAGAUUGGGUUCCGUUUUCGCUUCACGCCAUUGACUACUGACGGGACUGCAUCUCAACCUAUAAGGUGCCUCCCCUCUCUACCUCUCCCCCUAUGUGACGUGCACAUAACUACUUAGAGACCUAUCAUCUUUGAUCUUUAUCAUCGUUCUUACUGAGAUUUGUUUGAAGGGCAGGUGUGGCCUGAGACUACAGUAUAUGUCAACCCCAAAUCUGUCUGUCAUCAUUUCAUAUUCGAUAAAGAACAGAAAGUGAGAAUUCACUCCAGUAGAAGAUACAUGUACUAUGGAAUUUCAAUUGUGGUUCAAUGGAGAUAAACAGCUAGUGGCAUCGAUGUCUGAGUCUACAAGGGUAGGCCAGUGGUCUAAUCAUCACCAAAGGACAAGGAAAUGGCCAAGGAUGUUUCAUAUUUAGGAUUAUAAAAGUAAUCUGCAAAAAUGAGUUUUAUUCCCAUUCAUAGUAUUACAUAUUCGUAUUUCAAAAGGGUCCUCUCUAGGUUUAAUUGUUAGAUUUGUAAAGCAGCCAUGCAGUGCCCUGUGACACUCAACGCUUAAAUACACAAAAUGCACUCUUAUUGUACUGACUUAUGGUCCAACCCAACAGCCCACGGUGUGUGUGCAUGCGUGCCAAAAAAAGUAGUGCACUACUUUUGACCAGGGCCCUAUAUAGGGAAUAGGGUGCCAUUUAAUAUAGAUCUCCUCAGCUCUGGGCCCCUUGGCUUUCCCCUCUCCCAUCACAGAGUCAUCUAAAGCUGUGGCAGGUGUGUUAUUGCCUACAAUACUAAUCCAUACUUGAACCCUGCGCUUUAGCCUCAACAUACAAGUUAACAGACAACCCCUGUAACUCCCAUAGGGACAGGAUGAAACUGAGACUGAUGGUCGAAAUCGUCGCAAGAGCUUCAGUAUUGCUGCCUGUCCAUCUUUCUCGUCAUGUGUCAGUCAGUCUGUCUAGACACCGAGCCCUCAUAUCCGGCUGUUCUUCACCGUCUUAUCUGUAGACUUUAAUUUCCCUUAGACCACACGCUGUCAGUCAGAUGCGUCCAACCCCUUAAAGGUUAUAGUGUAGUACACAGAUAACCCAAAAGAGAGUUUACUCAACUUAUGCCUCUCUGAAUUGUUGUGAGGUUGUAUGUUUGCCCUACUAAGGGCAGAGUCACUAUCCACCUAAGUGAUGAUCUUGUGUAGAUUAUAUCAGUUUGACUAUAUUUUAUCAUCUUAGGUCAAGAGUCAGUGAUAGGUUUGAGGAGUGUGUUUUGAUCUUGACAAGCCAUCAGACAAACAGAUACAGUGGAAUCUCCCCUUCAUGUUGGGUGUCACACUACAAUGGUCCUUUAGUGAGAUUGAACAUUUACACUUUUCUUGAAGUAACUAGCUGUAUUUAUUAUGGAUCCCCAUUAGGGUGACAGACUGACUGACACAUGACGAGACAGACGGACAGGCAGCAAUGCUGAAGCUCUUGUGAUGAUUUCGACCACCAGUCUCAGUUUCAUCCUACUCUUCCUGGGAUCUAGCCAAAUUAAGGCAGUUAUACAAAUAUAAAAACAUUACAAUACA